UGUUAAAACCGGAGUUUACCCAGCGUUUGGAUCACGUUACUGACGGUUUGAUUUUUCAACCUUGCGGUCCGGACGAGUUCUAUGUUCUAGGAACGUGUCCUCAGCAGUUGAAAUGGAAACCUCCUCAUUUGAACACCAUUGAUUUUCGUUGCAAAAUCGUGCAUGAGGCCAAAGUUGGUGAGAUUCCAGGCUACGUUGGACAUCUGUAUCUGGGCGGACUUAAUACACCGUCCGCGAAACUGGCCCACGUUGGACCGAAGGAUAAAAUGCUUGAUGGAAAAAUAGUCGAAUGCUCUUUCAUGCCUGGUCUGGGCUGGAAGGUGUUGCGUAUUCGAACGGAUAAAACCGAGCCCAAUUAUCACAAAUCCGGCACAGGUAAGCAAUGUUUCCUUCUUAUUCUAUCAAGCUGA